CAAGGCCCGUGUAAUUGAAAUUAAAACAAGUCUAAUCUCAUGCAAUUUUAAAAACUGACCACUGAGGCCAUUUUUCGAAUUACCGAAUCACUGUUCUUUCAGUUCCUCUGAUUCCAAAAAUGUCCAAAUCGCUCUCAGAUCUCCAUGACCGUCUCUUUCUGUUAACUAAUCCAAUACUAGAGUCCCUGAAGAAAACAAACUACACGCUGCCAGAAAGCACCACCGUCUCCGUAAAAUCAAUUUUAUGCACUCUCCUCGACAUUGAAGCGGCACCGGAUGAGCAAAAACUAAAAAAUGUGACUCUAGCGCUUGCUCUUCUAAUCUCCUCUCGAACUUCAAUUCACGAGUCUUUCACAUGGAUCCCCGAACGCAUUUCAGCAAGUGCUGAGUCUGUUUUGCACGCUAUUUCUAAAGAAUUUGGCGCCGUUUUGCUGAAUUUAUUGCCAGAACUGGUACCACUUUUGAAGGAGAGGAUUAAAGAGAGUUCGAUUGAUAUAGACAAUGAGAGUGAUCAAGUAACCGCCGCUUCGGCUAGGGUUCCGGUUGUUCUCGCAAUUUUGGCGGCUUAUCAGUUUCGGUGGUUUGUUACACAGGUUGUGCAUCCUGAUUUGGGGAAGUUCUGUGAUUUGGUGAUACCUUGUGCAUUGACUGCGCUUGACCACUGGUCGCCGGAGGUUAAAGCUCAGGGUAUGAUUGUAUUCAUACAUCUUGCCAGAAAUGUGAAUGUUGUGGAUCUUAGUCUCUAUGAAGAUGUGAUUCUUGAUGCUUGCUGUCAGAAUAUUGCUUCUGCUGAUGAGAUAUGGCACCUUGUAGUUGAGAUGUCAGUACUUCUUCUGACUAGUACACAGAGAAGUAAUUGUCGUAGCUCAUGGUCUGAAAGGAUACUGAAUGAAAUGCUUAGUCACUUGGAGCGCCAGCCAAGAAACAAGGACCGACGAGUAGCAUGGCUCAAAUUUAUUGAGCCACUAUUCAGUGCUCUUGGCCUUGUUUUACUAGCUCAUUUUAGUCGUAUAUUUCCACUUUUCUUCAAAUGGAUGCAUGUUGAUGAUGAUGAAAGUGUGUCACUGGUUCUCAAACGGCUCAACACUGUUAUAAAAUUAACGUGGAUAAGGAACUCACCUUAUGUUGACAGAUUGGUUGAUGAACUUACCAUAUUGUACAAGGAGGCAGCAAUGAGAAGAGCUCGUGAAGAAAUCAGGACUGAUAUUCUUCAGAUGCUAAUUCUGCUGCAACAAUGUAAAGGCGCACAGUUUCAAGCAGCCUGGAACAAGUACAAGGAUGAUCCUAACUUGUGCAGUCUUGUUUCCUCUGUAAGUGAAAGAAUUAUUGUGCCAGUGUAAUGAAAUUAUAACUUCAGUGGUCAUUGGUAGCUGCUUGGUUUAAACACGCAAAACCCAUUGAAAAUAUAUCAAAUUUAGGUGGUAUCCUUUAUUA